AUGUAUACUGUCAGAUAUCUUUUGUUAACCAAAGCUUCCUUACCUGAUCUUUCGACCCAAAUCAAACGACGGUCAGACAAGAACCCAACAGAAGUGAUAAGUUUCCUUGGGUUAAAUAGCAAUAGUCUAUCACCAUUAAUCAUAAAAGUUAUUUAUAAAUUGCCAGGCUUUGAAUCUUCAUCUUACUCACCAAAAUAUCUAGCUCCGAUUUUAAAAUCUGAAUGGCCAAAAUCAAAAGAAAUGUUUGAAAAUCGAACUUGGUAUUUUUUUGUACCUUUCUCCAUAGAUGGGAAUCGAUACUCGGUCAACCAGCUUUACUCGAUGGCGGCCAAAAAUGAUAUUGAAAUCGAGCAUGAAUUGGCUCGAGGUGAAUGA